AUGCAGUCCCUUGUUCCUCUGCAGCAACUUGAGUUACCGGUAUGGUCUCCACCUCCUGGAACGCAUAUUAAGAUCAAUGUGGAUGCCGCUCUCUCCGGUGACAAGUCCUUUGCCGCUGCAGUGGCUAGAAAUAACCAUGGAGAAUUUGUUGGCGCUGGUACUAUUCCCAUAAACACAACCUUCCCUUUAGUUGCUGAAACCCAUGGCUCUCUGCUGGCAAUUCAAUUGGCUGGUAGACUUAAUGCUCUUGAAGAGAUCGUGGAAGGUGACUGUCAAACGGUGGUCAUGAUCUUGCAGAAAAAGACCACCUCAGUCCCAUGGAGAAUCUCUCAUCUUAUUGAUGAAAUCAACAAGAAGGCUGCCUCCUUAAACUCAGUUGAGUUUCAAUUUGUUCCAAAAAGAGUCAACAAUGUGGCUCAUGAUCUCGCAAAGUUUGCAACUCGUCAAAAUGUCCAAGAUUUGUGGACAUCUUCUCAACCCCCUGACUGUUUUCUUCCUCUGUUAGCUUCUAGCAGUUCUUAA